GAGCCUGUGGGGCGGGGAAGGGGAAUUGAAGGAGGAAGCGCUGCGGUUGAUUCAGCUGUUCGCCUCAGUGGUCCUCAGUGGUGGCGAGGAACAAAGGGGUGUCCUAAACGCACGCACACGCACACAUACAACUGAUUGUGGGCGCCUCUUACGUGACUCGAAACAAUCCUCGAGCACGCGAAGAGGCGGCAGACGGCGAUCGUACACCGACGCGCCCGCACGCACGGACGGCACGGCAACGGAAGAGGCGAGCGUACGUACGUUGAUCGCGGCAAGUGUGGGUGUCGGCAGCGAUCUUGCCUGACGAGCUGCUCGCUUGAAGCGCCCUUGUUCUGCGUCGGUGUCGUUGUCCGUGCUGCGUGUGCGGGACUCCCAUCCGAAACCCCCCGUGGCGAAGACGGCCGCGGCGACAGCAGCGGCAGACCGAGGAAGGAAGAGGAAACGGGACGGGGCCUCGCCCGACCGUGACUGAGUCGCCCCGGAACAAGAUGGGCGCUCGCACCUUGCUGCUCCUGGCGAUUCUGGCGUCCGCAGCGGCGCUGGCGUCGUGCGCGGCCCAAGAUGGCGGCGAGGCAGUGAGGCAUAGCGUGACGAAGAGGGGAAUACUGGAGAGCAUCGCCAGCGGGGCCAGGAGCCUACGCGACGGGGCUGCUGAAUUCUUCGAUCGCUCAUGGUCCGGUAUCAAGGCGGCAUUCAAGGACUUCAUGAACUGGCUGCGGGGAACGCCAUCUCCUGAUGAAGUGUUCCGUCCUGCCACUCCACCGGCAUCCGGAAAGUCGUACGACGACGAACCUGAAUCCGGGUUCGGUUUCGAGCACCCGCACCACGCCGAGCCGUGCCCGGACUCCAAGGGACAUCCGACCGCCGAGCGGACCACGCGGAGCAGCACGGAAACGGGCACGCUCUCGAAGUCGACGGGACCCGCGAGCACAACGACCGAGGAAGCAUCCUCCGAAGAGGAAUCCGAGACCACCAGCGGAGUCUCCGAGCCGUCCUCCUCAGUUACUCCACCCGCUUCUUCGGUGGUGACUACCACGCGAGCCCCGAGCCUAGCGACGACAACCGAGGCACCGUCGACGGCUGCAGAAACCGUCGGUCCACGAAUUGCCGGAGGAGAUCUGGGGGCACCCCCGAUAACCGAGACGCAGGGGAGCACGGACGCUCCGCAAACGACGUCGGUGACAACUUCAAGCGAGACGGUGAGCGUGUCGGCGACUCGCGACUACGCGGCUCCCACGGCCACGGAUAAGACGCCGGCGCCGUCCAUCGACUCCACGAGCAGCCCGACGCUGCCUCCGGAAGACCCGUCCGAGAACGACAUCGACGCCCAGCCGUCGUCCAAGGAGCCUCCGCCGUCGCGGCGAAGGGAGCCAGGCUUUGUGAUCUCCGACGGGCGUUAAUCGAAUACCUCUUCAAGAGUGCGCUGUCCCGUCCAGAAGACCCCUUGCGCUAUUUAGUCGCCAGGUCGAAGGCGUUUUGACAAGUCACCAUUGUUUUUUGCCUUCUGCAGUACAGCACCGGCGACGGCUUUCUGUUCUAGAAGAACCCACCUGAAGCGCGGCUGUGAAUACACGGAGGUACUGCACUGACUCUUGUCGGACACGUCAAUUGUGCGUUGGCAGGCUCCAAGGCAAGAACAUGUGUCUUCGACGGUGCUUAUACCCGCAAAUCCUGAAUUACGCUCAAACGCUUGCGUCAGCGUAUAUAUACAUGUCUUAAUAUGUCGCUGUCCGCGCAUGCAGAACGCAAGAGCCAACUUGUGCUACAGGCCCCUUGCUCAUUACCUUGCUUACAAAAAUUGAGUUUUCUGUAUACGUCUCGCACGGUGAUGGGACACGACAGGCCUCUUUGCAUCAUCGGUAUGUAACAAGCCGGCCGGCGCUAUAGGUUUGUGCGGUCAAGAAGGGCUGGAACAGGCAGCGUGGACGAUAGUUAACAAACGCGCGCACAUUUGUGAAAAAAACAAAACAAAACAAAACAAAGAAAAACAUUGCAGUGCGACGAAAUGGCGGCGAAGGUACUCGCGGACAUUUAGUAGGUCGCGCAAAAGCGAUGUUCGAGCGGGCGUGUUCUUGACAUAUAUUAGAAGCCCGCUGCGGACGCCCGUGCUUAUAUGGGCGCUUGCGACAGGGCACGAGGCAACUACUAGAGAAAACAGGCGCACGUACACAGUACGUCAAAUCAUGUACAAAAUGAAGCUGGCGGCCAUUUGAGAUGGAGACACUGGCGCGCAUGUACAAGUUACGCGAGGACGUCUGAGCGGCAUUUCAGGAUUAGCAGGUGCAUAUACACUGCAGAUUCUUUGAGGUGUCUUCAUCUCUGCAUUCGUGACAUGUAUCACGGAUAACUUAUCUGUAGCGCAGCUGUCGCAGGAGCAGUAUAUAUAGAUGACCCUUCGCCAAUUGUUUGCAGUAAGUGUAUAGCGUCUAUAAAUACGCUGGCCGAAAGGCUAUUCCAUUUACGUUUGCCGAGACACUGCAGCAAAACUAAAGCCAGCUAGGGAAUGAAAUAAAUAAAUAAAUAAAUAAAUAAAUAAAUAAAUAAAUAAAUAAAUAAAUAAAUAAAUAAAUAAAUAAAUUUAUUUUGAAACAGCGCAAAAGACGAAAGACACAGAAGACUUAACAACGCAAGCGCUGACUGACAACCGAGUGCUUUAUUCAAACAAGAGAGUUCUGCCACCGUUUUUGGGCACAAUGAUUCUCGCAUAAGAGAUAUAGCUGAAGCAUUCGCUAUCUGCAAAAAUGGCGACACGUGUGUUAGCACACCGUCCAUUGCGUUGCUCGAAUGCGAGUUGGCUUACUUGGAUAAUACCUAAUGAUGCUGCAAGCCUGUAGUCUUCUUGUCAUGUGCAUAGGUUGCGCGCGCAUGUUCUGUUCUUUUUUUUUCUUCUCCUUAUUUUUCUGUUUUGUUUGAAUAAAGCACUCGGUUGUAAGUCAGCGCUCGUGUUGUCAAGUCUUCUUCCGCGUCUUUCGUAUUUUGCGCUGUUUCAAAAUGAACACAAACCAAUCAGCCAACCCUCCCUUUUGCUGUAGAAACGUAGUGGUAUGCGUCAGGUGGUGGGCGGUGCUAUUAACAUCACCCAAUUGUGGUACGUCACUCGUUUGAACCGGUGAAGGACAAUGAAGAUGGCGGCUUCAAUAGUAGAUCCUAUCGACAGUGGAAGUAAUGCGGGAGACGAUGCAAAGAGUUCUGCACGUGAAGUGCAUCUCAUGUGCCAGCCUUUCGUUGCUAUUGUAUUUGACGUUCGAACACGUGUGUUACAUAUUCUACAAAGGAAACAUGACGCAAAUUCUUUUUUGCCUGCGCUCUUGAAAAAGGGGUGAGGGGAUAAUGUGCACAACGCACCACGCCUCUCCCUUGACGGGUGCGGUGCUUCUGUGAAAGACGUGUUUUUGUGAAGACUAUAGCCUCUUUGGCCGAAUUUAUGAACUCAGGAGCAGCUAAAUAAAUCUGUGAAGACUUGGGCAAUACAGAAAACUUCUCAUUUUAAACGAAGCUUCUAUGAGUUCCAGAUUUCAGUGGCAGCGGCUGCUUGGUUCGCGAAAAAAAAAAAGAAAAAGAAAA